AUGGGGUCUUCCCCUAAGGUGAGCUUCAGAUCUGCUCAAGCUUCCGGUGGUAGGGCCAGGAGGCAGGGCCUGGGCUGGGGAGACCAGCCCCGCAGUGAUGCUCAGAUACCGACAUUGGGCUGGGAAGGACCCCGUAGUGAAUAUUGAGACGGGAAAGAGUGAACAUGUCUUUUGCCUGUCGUGGCCACGGGCAGACUUUGCUCUCACCGUGGUGCUGACAUCCCAGGUUUUCAGACUGGCCAGGACUCAGUGACAGCAUCUAGGUCCUCGAGGCUGCGUGAGGACUGUCCCCAGCCCAGGGCACUGGAAGGAGCUGGGAACUGA